AUGAGAGAAGGUAAAGCGGGAACUAUCUAUAUUCAGCCCGCACCGUGUGCCGCUAGGCAUGGUUGGGUAAUUGAGUUCAUAAAUUUGAACACGAAAUACAAAUACGUUAAACCCAUCCAAGGCGACACGCGGGACAGUACCACCACAGUAAUGACGCACUCUGAUGUUCUCAAUAAACGUUUAACUGUCAACAGAAAUGACAAUCAUUUCCGUGCCCGCAGCCUUCAGAGGCAGGUGAGCGUGAUGAGCAUGAAUCUGUCGGAGAAGCUGGACAACCUGCAGAAGGGCGACCGCCAGCUGGAGACCACGGUGGCGCUCUGUGAGAUCCGCACGCAGCUGCAGGAGCUCACCAAGAGCGUGGAAUCAUGCCAGAGUGAGGUCUCCGAGGUCAAACGUGAUAUGGUAGCCAUCAAGCAAGAGCUGGACACGGUGCAACAGGUGAAGGAGGAGAUCGAGGAGCUGCGCGAGUACGUGGACCGCCUGGAAGAACAUUCGCAGCGUAGGAAACUAAGGCUUCUAGAACAGGGGCUAACUUUCUUCCUGUCGUACGCCAUCUUGGCAGCGGUGCUCGGUAUGCUGCAGUUCGGAUACAACACUGGUGUCAUCAACGCUCCUGGCAAAAACAUCGCCAACUUCAUGAAAGACGUAUACAAGAAUCGAUACGGUCUGGACCUGCAUGACGACACAGUGAACAAGCUGUACAGCAUCGCCGUCAGCAUCUUCGCCAUCGGGGGAAUGCUGGGCGGUUUCUCCGGGGGAAUGAUUGCUAACAGAUUUGGAAGGAAGGGGGGUCUUUUGCUCAAUAACAUUCUAGGCAUCAGUGGCGCGAGUCUCAUGGGCUUCACCAAGAUCUCUCACUGCUACGAGCUGCUCAUCUUCGGAAGGUUCAUCAUAGGAGUCAAUUGUGGUCUUAACACCUCAUUAGUGCCAAUGUACAUAUCUGAGAUCGCGCCCCUAAACUUGCGCGGUGGACUGGGCACAGUGAACCAGCUGGCGGUGACCGUAGGUCUGCUGCUCUCCCAGGUGCUCGGCAUAGAGCAGAUACUUGGCACCGACGACGGCUGGCCCAUACUACUCGGACUAGCUAUAUGCCCCGCGAUACUGCAAUUAAUCUUACUACCGGCAUGCCCUGAAUCUCCACGAUACUUGCUCAUCACACGACAGUGGGAGGAAGAGGCACGUCGUGCGCUCAGGAGAUUGAGGGCCAGCAAUCAGGUGGAAGAAGACAUAGAGGAGAUGCGAGCGGAGGAGCGUGCGCAGCAAGCGGAAGCCUCUAUAUCGAUGAGGGAGUUGUUGUGCUCGCCCACACUGCGCGCGCCGCUGCUCAUCGGGGUUGUGAUGCAGCUCUCGCAGCAGCUCAGCGGCAUCAACGCGGAAAUGAUCGAUUGGAUGAGCUACCUGUCUGUGGUGUCGACCCUGAGCUUCGUGGUGUUCUUCGCGCUGGGACCGGGCUCGAUUCCCUGGCUGAUCACUGCCGAAUUAUUCUCGCAGGGACCGAGACCUAGCGCUAUGGCCAUCGCCGUCUUAGUCAACUGGAUGGCCAAUUUCGUGGUCGGAAUAGGCUUCCCCAGCAUGAAGAGGGGGCCGGGUGCCGAGCCGCCGCCUUCAGGAAUUCCAAGGAACGCGACCAAAUGUAUGUGCUCAUCUCGAAACUUGAGUUCGAAGCCAGUUGAUGGUGAUGGUGUGUGCAGGGACAGUUUCCGCGACAGUCGGCUGUACGGCAGCAUGAUGAACUGCGUGAACGCCCUCGAGCAGCAACUGCCGCCCCCCCCACCGCCGCCGCCACCCGUGGACGAGAAACAUGACUCGCGUAAGUACGCGCGUCGCCCGUACAGACCCUACUGUGAAAUCUGCGAAGAGCGUGUGACCGUACUGUAAAUAUUUACAGUAAGCCGCCGCCUUUGAAGUUUCCAUGAAUGCCGCUUUUGUCUAGAUAUUAAUCUAUCUAUUAUGCUUUUAUUUAGUUUAGUCCACAUUUGCUUAUUGUUAAGCGGGAAUUCUAUCUUCCUCGCGUGUCGUGGAGAUGUGAAGCACGACGAAACACGCUCGAUAUGA